GAUACGUGACGGCAGCAGUGUUUCUUGAAUGUGUGUCGCAAUUUUUUCUAAAUACGAUGAAUAUCAGCGAGUAUUGUGCCUGAUUUAUAUUUAUAAGUAAUUACUUGCACAUAUUCAAGUAAAAUGUUGUGAAAUAUAUUAAAAUCUACUAAAAGAAACCUAAAUAAAUUCGACAAAAUGGCCAAGGAAAUGAUGAUAGUUUUCGUGUAUGACACACAAUGCUGUGUGUCAGAGGAGGAUGACCCCGCAGAAGCUGUGCUGUACUUCCAUCCUGGCUGGGUAUCUGACACACAGAGACAUGCAUUAGCUGGACAGGUGGUGGGUGCAGCGCAUUGUGUUAAAAGUCUCUUCUCCCAGCCUGUGUCUAUAACAUUACAAAGUGGGAAGUUUAUCCUUAGAGAGUACGGAAGAUAUGUUCUGGCUAUAGGUAGUGAUCGCAAUAUCCCAGACUGGGUAUUAAAAAAUCGUGCCAGUCUGCUUACGUCCAUGAUCAAAGUGUACCAUGGCGAUAUGCAUACGAUCGCGGAACAGAUGGAGGAUCCCAAAAGAUUGGCGGAGAAACUCUACCAAAUUUUUGAAACGUACCUACCAGUGUUGCAGUACGGAUGUCAUAUCUUCCAACGUGUGCCGAUGCUCAGUCUGCCCAAGAGCGCUAGUUCCGUGUACAUGGAAUCAAUGCAAGUCCUGGAACACUGCAGCAAAAGUGUCGGCGUACUGGGUGGAGUCGUGCUCUACAAUAAUAAAAUCAUCGCCACACAACUGCCGCCGAGUCUUACUUCCUACUUGACGGUAGUGGACCCAUAUCGAAUAAAAUCUCCCGCGGAGACUGUACAGACUGAGACGCCUUUGCCCCUCGGCGCGCAACUGCUCGUCGUCUACGUCGCCAGGAAGACGUACGACACGCUGAAGAAACAAGCCGACAAGAUGCAAGACUUCUAUCAAAAUGGCGAAGAAAUGAUUGCCAAGUUUAAAAAGAUGCAAGAAGCAGAACGAGAAAAACAAAGAGAAUUUCCACAGGGAGGUAUGAAAAGAGAUAAAUCCCUUCUUUUCACAGCCGUCCCCGAAGAAGACCACACAAUGAUAUCGCCGCCUAGCAAAGAAAAUACAUCAGAAAACAGAAAGCCCAGCAUGCCUGAUGUAGUGCCUUUCACCAACAAACCACGGCCUAGGCCCAACAAACUGUCUCUCAGCUUCAAAACGCAGAAGUCCCUCGAUGAAGACGCGAUGGAAAACGAAACAAAGUUUACGGGACAAACUAGCGUAUGUUCUACUCCGAUGGUCGAAUACAAGAGACUUCACGGCAACAUGCUAUCAAUAUGUCAAAAUCCUGACAAUCAAUCGAUGGAAAAAUCCCCGGACGUGGAACCGGACGUUUUAAAGAACAUAGAGAAUAGUGCCAAAUUAAAAAUUGAAAGCGAGCAGAGGGACAAUAAGAUGGUUCUAGAUAUCAAUUGCAUAGCAGAUCAUUUUAUAAAUAAACCGGAACCGAUAAGAAAACUGGCUAGUGUUAUGGAUAUUCAGGAAACAUUUAGGAAGAUUUCCAACAGAGCUACGUCCAAGUUUAAGUUAAAGCGAUCUCAGAACGAAGACGAUUCGCCCGCAGAGGAGGCGAGGAGUCCCAGCACUCUCACCAUAAACGAUCCCUUGUUCCCGGUAUUCCGGAAUGAUGGUGUUGCCAUAUCGGAAUCGCUUUUCAACCAAUAUCUCGAGCAGUAUUAUUCUAGAAUGAAGCAGGAAUCUAAAGAGGAGAACAUGUUCAAUUUUAAUAUUAAAUUAGGGGAACAGGAGAAGUUUGAAGACUUCGAUUCUGAUAUGACUAAAUCACCUCAGCGAACUCCUAAGAAAGUAGUCAAAGACUCCAACAAGACGGUACCGAGUGACCAGUCUAGACGAAAAGCUUUAUCUCUCCCUCUUAAAUCUUUAACGGAGAGUACAGAAACAGUGAUCGACUCGGAGGCGGCAAGUUUUAAAAAGAAAUUAACUGGGGUCCAAUUAACUCCUCUUAUGGAAAAGCUGAGUCACUUAGCGUUCACAUCAGACAAGUCCAGCGGGUACAGCAGCAGGGUGAUGACUCCCUUAGAAAUGAGAGAAUUUCCAACUCCAGCUGCGGAACGUCAACUCAACUUUUCUGAUAGAAGUAAAAGUCAGCGUGAAGAGUCAGAGGGUGACGGGGAGGGCGAGGAGGACGAUGAUCUGGACGCGCUGCCGGAGUUCGGGCGUGCAGCGGCCAAGUGCGCGCUGUUCGUGAGUGGGCUUCACAAUAUGGCGCUGCUCGCGCUGAUAGACCUCGAAGCCGUUGAUAAUGUUGACACUAUUAAUACUUUGUGGGAAACAUCUCUAAACGCGUUGGGCCCUAUAGAGCAGAAGUGCAUGGAGCCACUACCUGCAGAGGCGGAGAGCAGUGACUACAGCUACCUGAUGCUGGACCCUGACUGGGGCUCGGUCCGCAAGGGCGGGCCCUGGGCGGCCAUGGACAUCGCCACUAUGGGACUCAUACACAACGAAUUCGCAGAGGACCCGGAAAUCUCAGAGUACAUACUGAGGAGCGAAGAGAGCGUGGUGGUUGGGGCUAGUUGCGGUGGCGGGCAGCUGUUCUACCAGGAGUCGGGUGCGCGGCCGCCGGGCCCGCCGCCGCCCUCCGACGCCUUCGCCGCCGCUCCGUUGCGCGCUCGCCGCCGUCUGCACCGCGACCACUGCGCACUCCUCAUAUAGACCAAGUGGACUCUUAGUCACUGAGGAACGCCCUUAGUGUAGAUUUCUGAUACUUAAUCUAGUCUAUACUAAGGGGACCACUUAAGGACUAAAUGGCUGCUGAAGUGCCGUUUUAAGUGUGAAGGUGGUUUCCACUCUUAAAUUGCCAUAGUAUGCCUGAUGUCACCAAGAAGUGCAUUUUUUGUCGUAAUGUUUAACUAUAGUUUGGUACACAACCUGCAUUAGGAAGAAAUCAAUCUGAUUUUGGUACAAUUCUUGAUAAUUAUCAUAUUUUAAUGUAUAAUGGUCACUAACAUACUAAAUUUAUACAGAAGACAUUUACGAAAUGCUGCCAUGGCAACGAAUUUUUUUAUAUUUUAACUUACCUUAUCUGUUUGCCUCCUUAUUGGGAUAAGCAAAACAGAAGGACGCUAUGGAUAUCUACAUUUAUUACAAACUUGAUGACAUCUGAUCGGCUCUCAGUGUAGUUCAAGUUUUUUAAUUUAUUUUUUAAGUUAACUUUGUUUUAUGUCUGACUUUCUAGGAAUACGAGAAAGACUGAUUUCAAAAUGUAUUCAAGCACACUGCGCAUAUUGGAAAAUUUUAUUUGCGCAUGUAAUUAGUAUUAUGAAAAAAAUUCUGUACCAUUCCAAUGCCGCCCCUCCAUGCAAAGGUUCCGUCAAAAAUACCGAAAACUCGUAUAUGCCAGAAACUAGAUGCCUUUAAAUUAUUAUUCUCAAUACUCUUUAGUAGUUCUUAGAUUCGUUAAGACGGCAGUUUUCUUAGGUCCCCCUAAGGGCGUAUUUUUUGUAAUUUUCAAUCUACUUAUUAUUAUCUGUAGUCAACUUCAUAGAAUUUAGAAUAACAUUAGACUUAGCGUAAAAACUUAGGUUCUGUAUUAUGUAGAACCGAUUUAGAUAAUGGGUAAACAUUUUGUCUAGGAAGGGCGCAUACGAUGCGUUUUCACCCAAUAUUUCCUCUGUAUUAUCUUAGUAAUUUUAGUUUUUCGUAAUUUAAAACGUAUUUACUCAACUUUCACAUGUAGCCAUAGACCAAUUUAUUAGAGUUUUAGAAUUAUAGUUCGAUAUAUGAAUCUUAGUACAAGAGUUAUCCUUUCCAUAUAUUUCCUGCCUCACAAUUCUUGCGUACAUUGUUCGUGAAACAAAAGCAUUAGUUUGUUGUAAUUUAACAGGUUAAACACAUAUCUUCAUAAUUGUCCCUAAAAUAAUUAUUCAUAUAUCAGGUUAAUAACUCGGAUUUCAUACAGACGGAAGAUCGUUGAGAUGUUUUUUAUAACUUUUGCUCCUUUCACACAGCCUCAUUAUUACUUAUUAUGUUUGAGAUUAUUCAUAUGAUCGUUUUCGUAAGUCAAUGUGCAGUUCACGUCAGAUAAACAGCAGUCGUUAUCUAAUCAAACUUGCAGCACUAGCCUUCGUAGUCUUUCAACUAUGGCCUUUGCCUGUCCGUUACAAAAUGUUAAUUGUUCUUGAUGCUUAAGAGUAGAAAGGCAAAUAUUCCCAUAAUCUGUAUAUCAAUCAUAGCUGUAGACUUUUCUAACCCAAAACUUAGUUUAACAACAAAACGCCAAUCUAAAUGUUUCAGCAGCGGAAACUCGUUUAUUGCAUGCGGUUAUAAUUCAUCGAAAAUAUUUGGUCAUUUAAAGUAAUAAGCAAUGUGAGGAAAAGUUGGUUACCGCAAGUAUUUUCGGACUAACAUUCAUUUAUUAUAAAAUGUGGCUGUUUACAAAGUUUCGGGUUAGGAUAGUGGAACGUAAAGGAGGGUACUUGUAAAAUUCAGAUCUGACGCUCACUGACCUUGCCAUUAGCUCGUAAGUACUUUGGCCACACCGUAGGUAGAUAUCGCUAGUCUGCUCAAUCUUGCCAUCCGACUAUUUAGCGUAGGAAACAAAGUUUUAUAAUUAAUUUAAUGUAAAACAAUAUGUUUUAAGCUAAAACUACCUUCCAAUCGCCAUAUAACUACUAAGGACAGCGAGUAAUUUAAUAAAAAUCAUUUAACGCUCACUUACCUUAUUUAAGCUUUCACUAAUAGUCUUCAAUUGAUUGCAUUAACAAGUAAAAAAGCCUGCUGCUUCUAUUAUUCAUGUUUUGAUAGUUUUAUUCUUACAUGCAAAUUAAUUGUUCACAUAAAAUUCCAAUAGCUAAAAUAUUUUAGCUGUUGAUGUUACAGUAAGCUUCGCAUAUCGUGAAAAACAUUAAAAUACCUCAUAAAAACAAAGAGUUUUUAGUCUAAUAUUAUAUUGUUUUCAAUGUAUGUAAUACAAGCUAUCUGUUAUGUUCAAAAUCAGAAAUAAUCUCUAGACAGUAUACAAUAACUAUACUAUGAAAGGCUUCGAAAAAGUACGGAGCCAGUGGUUUUUAGAGACGCGUUCAUUCUACUUACAUUUAGAGCAGAGACAUUAUCUUAUUUUUCAAUUCGUCUCUACUUGAUAUGAAGACAUUUCAUGAGCCAUCAUAUAAAAUAGUUGGACAAUUAUAUAAAGUAUUUAAACGGUUUAUUUGUUAUAAGUUUGUGAUAGUAUGCAUAACAAAUGAUAAAUCACAUGAUACGACUUGUAAGUUAUGUGUGUACAAUGUUAUUUUUUUAUAUUUGUAUUUAAUUUUAUGUUGUUAUUUCAGUAUUAUGUUGCAUUUCGAUACAAUACUGAAAAUGUUACAUUCCAUUUUUUUUAUUACGAUGUUGAACGAAUGUACAAAAUUAACUAAUCUAUUCAAACGCGUCCAAAUCAAUAUGCAAUUUAUAAAUAUGGAUUUUAUACUCCGUCUUGCCUAUAUUAUUUUGUUACCUAUUAUUGUUUUAUUAUGACCCUUAAAAUAGUUAUGUACUAUGUUAGUAAAUAGGACACGAUAAUGUGGAAUCUAUUUUUAAUUAUACAUAAGUAUUGUUAAUAAUUUUAAUAAAAACCCUAUAGUGGACUGCAUUUUUUAUACCCAGAAAUACACGAAAGAAAACAGAAUGAAAUAUAUUACAUGUUAACUACUCUAAUGACUAUAGGGGUCUAUUUUAUAAUGUCCAAGUAAAUCCUGAAUAAGCUACUUUAUAUAUUUAUUAAUCAAAUAAAGUCGUCAUUGGCAAUUCCCAGUCCCCAAAUAAGGUGCGAAACGCAAAUUUGACUAGAUCUUUUUGUCAGUUAAUUUUUUUGUUACAUAUCCAGCACUUAACUUGGACAUUGUAAAACAGGCUCAAAAUAAUAUUACAUAAACUAGUAUAUUUCUAAAGACUAUUAAUUGUCCCAUUUUGACGACUAAUCUUAAGCACGUUACCUAUGUCAUAUAAAUGUGGAUUUUUAACUAAUAUAUAAUAGAAAUAUAUAGAUUCUAUGUAAUAGUUUAUAUAUAGAUCUGUUCCAGCAAAAAGAUUUUAAUAAGACGGCCACGUUAAUUGCCAAUACCCAAGUUUAAGGCGAAUGGGAUAGAGACAGGAUAUAUUAUGGAUGAGAAUGGGAAGAGUACGAAUGAAGAAAGAUCGAAACGACGUUACAAAACUAUCAUUUAUUCAACAAGUCGCUCACAACACAAGUCUACACUAAAAUUACUUCACCAAAUCUAUAAUUAUAUAUGAUAUAUAUAUUAUAUUAAUAUGCAGUAAAUACAUACUAUGUGAUAAAUAAAAUGCAUAUGGAUCACCGAUAGAGAGAUAGUAUUCGCGGGGUUAGGUUCGCGGUAGUGGGUAUAGAUUUAGAAUAUCGCCAGCGAGCGCGCGACUUCUCUCUUGAGUCUUGAGCGAGCUUCGGCUUCCCUACGGCCGCGCGGCGGACAAGCCGUUCGCAAAGACGUUAGGAGACAAGUUCGCUAACGCUUCGCGCCGCCGACUGUUCUCGGCGCCCAUCGGCCGUCCCGGGAAUUUCGGCUACGGCCAUUUCAACAACGACUUUCUCAAGAAAAAUUUUCGAACAACUUCGACACAGUUACGUUUUUUCAAGGAACUUCAUCCUUUACUUCUUGUUUCAAUACCUUUUCAAAACAAACAAAAUCAAUAUUAGACUUAGUGUAUGAACUUUAUUAGAAGCUAACUUUACAUUCUAGAGGCGAACGCGCCCGUACUAGGCGCGGCGCACUAACUUAUGCUACGACCCUUUUCUUGCGACGUCUAACGUUACGAACUAAACAAAGUGAAUAGUGACUGGGCGACGCGACGCGACGCAGCGCGGCGACGGUAACACUUAAAACUAUUACAGAGUCAUUCCAUUUCAUUAUCCGUCCUAAGUCCGGCCCCGACGGGUACAGUAUAAAUGCAUUACGGAGGCCGGUCACACAUUUUGGGGUGUGUUGUAUCAAAAUCUGUGUCGCCCUCAGCGUCACCGACUUACUAAUAUCGACCUGCAAAGUCAAAGAGGAGCGUGACACACCGGCCACUGUUGCGGCAAUUCUAUCGAUUUAUCAAAUCAAAAGUCACAUUUUACUGCGCUAAAUUCUGCUGCUUUUGAUUGAAGAUGAAUCGAUAGAAACAAAACAAACAAUAUAACACACACAUUACAAGUAAUACAAUUCAGAUACUUAAAAUUUAAGUUUAGUUAAGUUAUAACUUUAAAUACAAGAAAAACUUUAAUGAUAUCUUUGGCAUGCUCUCUUAUUGCAGAGUGACCACAUGCAGUUCUAAACACAGUUAAUAUUUACUUAUAAACAACUCAUAUUAAUUCUCAUGGUCAUACUGUGCCAUCAUUUCAAUACUUUUUAGCUCUCCUAUAGGAGUAAUAAGACCAAUAUGGUCACUGUUCAAAAUUGUACAAAUAUAACUAACAUUAGGAUAGUCUAAACAGAUUAAUAUUGCUUAUAAAUUUACAUUGAUGUUUCCCACACCCAAAUCACAACCUUAAAACAUAUGGAUAUCUUAAAUUACAAUAAUGGCAAGUGGUUUAAGCUCCUUAGAUAUGAAAUGUGAAGUUAUAUGAUACAUAAUUAUUAUGGUAAAUUUAUUAUACCACUAAUUAUGAUAAAGUUUCAUUAUAUUUUUUAUGAUCUUUCUCAAAAUUUAUAUAAAAAAUUGAAGACAAUAAACUAAGGAGCGAAAGCAAUCGACAUUAUAGUCAUCAAUAAAGUAAAGGACACAUCAAAUGAACUGUGUCUACAUCAUAAAUAUGGGACAAAAUGUCCUGACAAUACAAAACAGCAAAUUAUUUGGUAUAAUGUUUACAAUAACUUCACUAAUUAACUCUCACUAAACAUUUACUUGGACAAAUUUAUUAAAACUUAUGGUUUAUUAUUAAACAUUUCUUAUUUGAAAUUACAGUUGUGUUUGGGAAGUAGAUAGCGUUUAUCAUAUUUAUAAGAAAAUAUCAUAGAAAUGUGUUUUUUUUAUUUAUUUCACUUCUAUAUAUUUGUCAAUACUACUUGUCACAACAUAACAGACGUGUUUCGACAGAAAACAAAGCAAAAAGGUUACAUCACAAAAACGUGGGUACAACUAAAAAAAAAUCAGCAGCCUGUUAUUUUGUGACAGUAACUCUAAUAUUUAUGAGCCUAUUUAACAUUAGUUAUUUCAGGAUGGAAAAGGUCAAGGAUAGGAGUAAUACUGAGGAUAGAGAAUUUGAUAACUUUAAUCUCUUAUUAAAAGAUAAGUAUGAAUAAGCUUACUUUAUAUAGCCAUCAAACCUGAAGAAAUACACAAGUAUGUAUGUGUG